AUGCCUUCUUCCUCCUCAACCAUUAAUUGUUUUUCAUCACUUCCUUCUUUCUUUCCUGUUUAUUCGCUCAUAGCAUUCUAUACCCCAGGAGAGGGAUUGGAAAGUUUUAAAUCUGAAAGUAAAAAAAAAAAAGAAAUGUCGUUAGCAGAACAGGCUUCAUAUACAUUGAUUAAUGUACCAACAGAUGCGGAGCCACCAUCGGAGUUGCAGCUUCGACAAGAAUUGGAGAAGGGAGAUGUGAAGAUGAAAAUCAAUGCUCUGAAGAAAACUAUUCAGUUAAUUCUAAAUGGAGAAAAGAUGCCUUCACUUCUGAUGAUCAUCAUCCGUUUUGUAAUGCCACUGCAUGACCACACCAUCAAGAAACUUUUGUUGAUAUUCUGGGAAGUAGUGCCAAAAUGUCAUGCAGAUGGUAAACUUCUCCAAGAAAUGAUUCUUGUCUGUGAUGCCUACAGAAAGGAUUUACAACAUCCUAAUGAGUUUAUCCGUGGUUCCACGCUUCGUUUCCUCUGCAAACUGAAAGAACCAGAAUUACUUGAACCUCUGAUGCCUGCCAUCCGCCAGUGUUUAGAACAUCGUCAUUCUUAUGUCCGACGAAAUGCCGUUCUUGCCAUUUAUACCAUUUUCAGAAACCAUGACUUCCUUAUUCCUGAUGCUCCAGAAUUGAUUGCAAAAUUCUUAGAAGAAGAACAUGACAUGUCUUGUAGGCGUAAUGCCUUCAUGAUGCUUAUCCAUGCAGACCAGGAAGCUGCUUUAAAUUACUUGAGCAGCUGCAUUGAUCAAGUUAAUUCUUUUGGGGAUAUUCUUCAAUUGGUUAUUGUCGAGUUGAUCUAUAAGGUGUGUCAUGCCAAUCCAUCUGAACGUGCCCGCUUUAUCCGCUGCAUAUAUAACCUUUUAAACUCUUCAAGCCCAGCUGUUCGUUAUGAGGCUGCUGGAACUCUUGUCACCCUUUCCAGUGCUCCCACAGCUGUUAAACUGAUGGAAUUUUUAGGGGACCAGAAUGAAUUGGCUGCAGCUGAUGUACUUGUCUUUGUGCAUGUUCACGCUCCUGCUGGUGCCAUGCAGAAAUUGGUAACUGCUGAUGGCACCUAUGCUUCUCAGAGUGCUUUCAGCACCAUCACACAGACCAAGAAGGAAGAAAGACCUCCUCUUCGUCAAUAUCUGAUGAAUGGAGAUUUCUUCGCUGGAGCAGCACUGGCUACAGACCUUACCAAAUUGGCACUGAGAUACAUUCAACUUACUGACGAUGUCAAAAAACAAAAUAAAUUUGUUGCUGACUCCAUGUUGAUAAUGUCUACAAUCAUCCAUCUUGGAAAAUCUGGCCUUCCAAGCAAGCCCAUCACAGAUGAUGAUGUCGACCGCAUUGCUAUUUGCUUGCGAGUUCUGGCAGACAAAGCUCCUCUCAUGAGUGAAAUCUUUAACGCUCAGUGUCGUGAGUCCUUAUCUGUUAUGUUGGCUGCCAAAGUAGAGGAAGAAAAAGCACAAAUGAAGGCUGCCGAGAAGAAAUCUGUAAAGAUCCAAGCAGACCAUCCCAUCUCUUUCACCCAACUAACUUCUCGAAAUGAACUUGGCACAACAGAGAAUAUGUUUGAACUAACCCUAUCCCAGGCAUUAGGUACAACUGGUAAGAAAGAGGCAGAUUCAGCAACUUCCUCCAAAUUAAACAAGGUGACCCAAUUAACUGGCUUCUCAGACCCUGUCUAUGCAGAAGCCUACGUGAAUGUGAACCAAUAUGACAUUGUUUUGGAUGUUCUUGUUGUCAACCAGACAGCAGAUACCUUGCAGAAUCUCACCCUGGAAUUAGCCAACCAAAAGUAA